GAGUUUGAUUUCAUUUCUUGAUUUCCAGUCUUUCAAAGUAGUUUUUUUUCUUUCUUUUUAAUUUGUUGCCUUGAACCACAAGAAAAGAAGAUGAGAGCUGGAGUUUGCAGUGUGCAGCAAGCUUUAACAGCUGAGGCUGCUAGCAUGGUGAAGCAAGCACUUGGACUUGCUCGACGGAGAGGCCAUGCGCAGGUCACUCCGCUUCACGUAGCGAGUGUCAUGCUCGCGUCUUCGACCGGUCUUCUUCAAAGAGCUUGUCUUCAAUCCCACUCUCAUCCUCUUCAGUUCAGAGCUUUGGAGUUUUGUUUCAAUGUCGCACUCAAUCGCCUCCCUGCAUCCACUUCUAGCCCUUUAUUAGCGCCUGGCCAUCAUCAUCAUCCUUCCCUCUCCAAUGCCUUGGUGGCCGCCUUUAAGCGCGCUCAGGCUCACCAACGCCGAGGCUCGAUCGAGAACCAACAGCAACCGAUUUUAGCUCUCAAGAUAGAGUUAGAACAUCUCAUAAUCUCCAUAUUGGAUGAUCCUAGUGUCAGUAGGGUUAUGAGGGAAGCUGGUUUCUCUAGCACCCAAGUUAAAACCAAAGUCGAACAAACAGUUUCCUUGGAGAUCUCUUCCCAAACUCCCUCCCCAAAGGAAAACAACCCCAAUCCCCAAGCUCAGCUCGGUGCUAACCCGUCUCAUUCCAACGCUCAGACUCAGUUCGGGCCCGGGUUUUCAUCGACCAAACCGAUAGACCACGUUAGGAACGACCAAGAUGUGACCAAUAUUAUCAGCACAAUAGUGAACCGGAGGGGAAACACAGUCAUCAUAGGAGAGUCGGUCGCCAUUGCCGAGAGUGUUGUUCGAGGGGUGAUGGAUAAGUUCGAGAAAGGGCAAGUCUCUGGGGAUUUAAGAUACCUCCAGUUCAUAAGUCUCCCACUUUUUUCACUAAAAAAUCUUGCUAAAGAUGAAGUGGAACAGAAGCUUGUAGAGCUCAAAUGCCUCGUCAAGAGUUAUAUGGGAAGAGGGGUUAUCUUAUACUUAGGUGAUCUCAAAUGGAUUUCGGAGUUUUGGUCUACUUAUGGUGACCAAAGAAAAAACUAUUAUUGCCCAGUUGAGCAUAUAAUCAUGGAAUUCAAAAGAUUAAUGAGUGGGAAAUUGUUUCUCAUGGGAAUUGCAACUUUCAGAACUUACAUGAAGUGUAAAACAGGCCAUCCUUCUCUUGAAUCAAUCUGGGAACUUCAUCCUCUUACAAUUUCAGCUGACAGCUUAAGCCUCAGUCUUCAUCUUGAAAGCUUUGAUUCUCAGUCUCAGUACAGAACAAAGGAAUCUACAGAUUCGAUUAACUGGCCAGUUGCUGAAACAGAAGUCAAUAAGAAUCACACUUCCUUCACUGAUAGAUUGUUCAACUUUGACAACGUGGUCUCUUCCAGUUCAAGUUUACCUUCAUGGCUGCAAAGCUACAAGGAAGAAACCAACACAAAAACUUCCCAUGAUGAUAAGGAUCUUUACAAGAAAUGCAACACCGAUGAAGUUCUUAAUCUGAGUUGGCCCGUCAGUUUUGAAUCUAAAAGGUCACCUAAAGAGCUCCAGUUCUGGAUAUUCGAAAAUGAUCUGAAGCCAGACCUCCUCUCGAAUCCGAAUUCUAGCCCGAAUUCAGCUUCUUCGAGUGUGGCGAUCGAGGAGGAUAACGAUGGACUUAACGCGUUCAAGGUUCUUAAUGCAGAGAACAUGAACAUUUUAUGCAAUGCUUUGGAGAAACAGGUUCCGUGGCAGAAAGAUGUGAUUCCGGAAAUUGUUAGCACCGUCCUUGAAUGCAGGUCGGGGUUGAGAAAAGGCCAAAGAGAGCUCAAAGAAGAAACUUGGAUGUUCUUCUUGGGAUCCGAGAACCAAGGCAAGCAGAAGAUUGCAAGGGAGUUAGCUAGACUCGUUUUCGGUUCCCAAACCAGCUUUGCCUCCAUAAGCCUGAGCGAUUUCGGAUCGAAAAGGGCCGAUUCAAGCAACGAAGAUAACAAAAGGAAGAGAUCGGAUGAGCCGGGUAGCGGCGAUGUCCUCCAGAGACUCGGCGAGGCGUUGAACGAGAAUCCUCAUAAGGUGUUCUUCGUGGAAGACAUGGAACACGUUGACUAUUGUUGUCUGAAAAGGAUUAAGCAGGCAAUCGAUAGCGGAAAAGUGACAGUUUCGGAUGGUGUUACGGUUCCUGUAAUGGACGCCAUUGUCAUUUUCAGCUGCGAAAGGUUAAGUUCAAUGUUGAGAGCUUGUUCUUCCAGGAGAACGUCAAAUUGCGGUGACCCCGAAGAGAUGAAAGAAUCAGAAACGAAGCAGGAUAAAGGUCCAUCUGUUUAUCUGGAUUUAAACAUUGCCAUUGGAGACAACAUUAAAGAAGAUGAUGAUGAGAUUGGGAUUUUGAAAUGGGUUGAUAACCAAAUUGUUUUCAGAGUUAAAGAACAGUAACAGGAGAAGAAGAUGACGAUGAAGAAUAGUUGGCAGAUUCUGUGGCAAAAAUUCCUUUAUCUUUUUACUUGCAUUUUCUGUUCCUUUAAUUUGUCGCUUACUUUUUGUGUGGUAUAUGUGUUUGGAGGGACAGAGAGAAAGAAUCAAACUAACAUGGUCUAAAUUUUAUCAAGUGGUUGGGGUGGAUUUGGAAUGACAGGCUUCGCAAUGUACAACUGAUAAUUAUCAAUGUAUAAUUAUGCUUCUUU